GCAUAAAGCCAUUCGCGCUGUUGUUGUUGAAGAGUUAGGGCGGGAAGCCGUUCCAGUUCGCCUUGCUCUUUUAAUUCUAAAGGUUGAGGUCGAGAAAGCCACGAUGACUAUAAAUAGAGAAAGCUGUGCUGGUGGAUGGGCGUGCCGCAUGAUUGACUAGCAAGAAGCAACGCACUUUGAAGAUUUGUCAGGCACAAGGCGAAGAAUGGCCCAAGCACCUCUCAAGGCAGCCUACAGGAGAAGCUCAGGAAGAAGCUCUCCCAUUCAGGAAGAUGCUCCCCCUUUCCCAAGGGCUCGUAAGAAUUCAAAUGCCAGCAUGGUCUCCGAGGGUUCACCCGCAUCACUCCGCAGACAGAGGCAAAACAUGCACAGCUUUGAGGGAUCGUCCUCAAAUUUAAGUCUGCCUUUGCUGUUUAUCAAGGAGAAGCUUCAAUGGACUGUGUUUUCAGCUGAAUACAGAGAGCGACGCCACCUGGACUUUUUGAAAAGCUACAGGGACGUGCUGGUCAUUGAUGAUGUUGAGAAAAAUGCUAUCAAAACAUUCAAGGAAGUGAUCAAACACUGCAAGAAAGAAAUGGACGAAGAUGUGUGGAUUGGAAUAAAAAAGCACGCCGACACUGUCAGCCUGUUCGUGGAGCUGGCCGAGGGCACCCCGUUCGGUCACUACUGGUUCCUGGUCCGGUCGGUCAAAUACCGGAGCUCAGACGGGCUGGAGAUGCGCAUCAGAUGCCUCAGGGAAGUGUGCUCCAGCGACGGACCCACCGCGGACCCGGCGGCACCCGGUGGCGGGCGGCCUCUCACAGAGUGGUCUCGCGAUGAUCUAGUGCGGUGGAUGACCGCCAGAGUGACGGCUUUACCCUGGGGAGAGGCGGCUGCCUUCUGUCGACAGAUAUUCAGCGUGGCCAUGGUGCGCGAGGUCUUCCGCUUCAUCACCGUGCUGCUUCUCCUGCUGGUCAACUGCUUCAAGGACGUCCAUCUCUGGCUGCUGCGGGCCGUCGACACCGCAGGGGUGUUCGUCCAACGCUGCACGCCUCUGGCCACCGCCCUGCUGCAGUUCUGUCUGAAGAUCGUAGGCGGUUUCUACAUCCUCCUAGCUCGCGUAUGGGUGGAUAUGCGUCAUGGAAGCCCGCCGCCGCCGCCCCCUCCGCCAGGGAUGCCGUCGGCUCAGCCACAGAGGGCGCUGAUGUAUCAGGGAGGUGCGCGAGGGACGCCAGGGAGUGGGCCCUACUGGCAGGGGUCCCCCGGGCCCGGUAUGGGCCCAAGAGGGACGCCAGGUAUGGGACCUGGUAUGGGGCCGGGUAUGGGGCCUGGUAUGGGACGAGGUAUGGGUCCGGGAAUGGGACCUGGUAUGGGUUAUGGUGCUAGUCCCAGUAUGAGCCCAGGUAUGAGUCCUAGUAUGAGUCCUAGUAUGAGCCCCAGUAUGGCCUCUGGUAUGAGCUCCGAUAGCCCGGCCAGGUCAGAGACUGAAACUUCAGACAUGGGCUGAAACGGGUCUGAUUAGGAUGCUUUGACCUGCCACAAGAAGACAGCGUUCGGCCAUGUUUUGUGCAAUGCAGGAUCAUGUUUGUAAAUAAUGUUUGUAAAAGUGGUGUCACUGUAGGAUAUGGGAGGUGGGGGAUGUCUUAACCGGCAAUAUUAACACCAAAGAGUAGGCCGGGUAUCGUGGCUGACUUAUUAUCGUGUUUCUUGAGGAUGUAUUUAGAAGGCAACUGCCAUUGCUGUUAUGGGUAGUGAUCGCCCGGAUUCUGGGUUCUGGGUUGCCAUGGUAACGCGAUCAGAACGCGGCCAAAUUUGUGGCAUUAAUUUAUUUCAGAAACAUGAGCAGUUGGUAUUCUUAUGUGUUUUGGCUAUAUAGCAAAGUCGCUUUACGAAGGAACUUACCUUAGUUUUUUUUCGGUUUCGUGUAUCGUUAAGUUUUAUUGAAUGUUUAUUUGCAUGUAGUAUAAAUCACUAAGGAAGUAAGAAAUAUAAUGAUUGUGAGGGUUAGCCAAAGCGCUAUGCCAAAAUCAAUUAAAGUUAUUAUUGCUUUUUGCAUUGUUGUGUGUGCUAUCAUCGUGGAAUUAACUUUUUUUGUUCGCGCUUUUACGUUUUUUGCUUUGUUGACGAAAAACUAAGUUUUUCGGCAUUUAACUGUAAAUACCUUAGUCGUGCGUAUCAUGGUACAGGUUAAUUUAAGUAUGCUCAGCUUUGAGUGGGUUAUUUCUAUGGUGUCACUACUGACUGGUUAUCCCACAUGCAUUAAUGCAUGUUUACCCCGUUACAACUCAUGGAUCAAUGUAGCCUUGUCACAGCCUAUUCAUGAUAUUACCUUCGGUGGAACCCCUUUGUAGCGGAGCCAUAUCUCUUAGAAAGGACCAGUCUUUCAAGCCUUAUCCCGUACGUAAAAAACGCCCUCUCGUGUAAGCCCUAAGGUGUGCUAGUCUCUUAUUAGGUCGGGCUUCCAGCAAGUGAAAUGUUGGUAUUGUUCGGCAUGAAGUGACGUAAGAGAUGACGUCAUUGUCUGACAUGUGACAUUAUGACUUCAAAAAGUGACUGGUGAUGCUAAACGACGAAGUGUGUUUGAGCGUGAAAAAUAGGACGUGGCAUAACCUCUAGGAACCUAUUGCUGAUUGAACUAUUAAGAAGCAGUGUCUGUAAGAUUCUUGUAAGAAGGGUAGCAUACCUGUGGUGUUUUUGGAUGCCGGAAAACGUGUGUUGGAUGUCAGGAAUGUCGAAAUGUGUGGUAGAUGUCUAAAUGUGUCGACUGUUGUGUUGGAUGUCUGGAAAUGUCGACUUGGGUGAUUCUGAGGGAUAUCGGCUGUGUAAGCAAAGUCAGCGAUAAAUUAGAACAGUGCAAACGCACAUUUACGGUGAACGUAUUGGGAAAAUUGUCCUACUGCAUAGCUGAAGCUAUGGUUUAUGAUCGAUUAUGUGGAGAUGUCUAUUGAAAGUGUAGAUAAUUUGCUUUAUUGAGGUUAUUUUCAUGUAUAAAAUUAGGCAGUACUGUAAAAUGCGUAUUGAUUUUGCUUGGAGAUGGGAGAUCGUUCUAUUUACUAAAACUUUGGUAUGAUGUGUGCGACUAAUGUACAGGUUUCUUUCUUCCGGUGUUUUAGUUUCGUUACUGGUCUUGCUAGUUAGUCGAUAUAACGUCAUCAGUAGCGGUUCUCUAUACUGGACAGUCUAGAUUCGAAGACAACUUGAGUUUGCCGUAAGUUUCUUGUACUGUUUUUUUUUCUCGGUAUGUUUGCUGUAUGCGACUUAUCGUUGGAAAUAGUUUAGUUAUGGCUACGUGCGACCUUGUGUGCCCUAACCGUAACAUUUGCAGCCACUGCUUCCCUAUAUUUGUCACGUUUGUUAUUGUGCAAUUGUAGCAUUUACUAUGUGAAAAUGUGCGACAUUAUUACAGAUUUGUUUAAUCGUAAGAGAAAUGAGAAUUCGCUGGCGAAGAAAAAGGUUUAAAUAUGUUGCAACUUGCACUCUAAGGGCUUUAUGUUUGUGUAUGCGCUGUGCUUUAUUUACUCCCUAUUGUGUGGUAAAUUAAAAUAAACUUCUGUUGGAUUUGACAGGGUCACCGAUGAAGUUGA